AUGAACACAAAAGACGUGACACGACCGCGGCCCAUUAACUCUUAUUUUGAAGUGCCCCCGGUCAGUUCCGACGCCUCUCCGGAAGUCGGACGUGAAGCAGAAACCGACGAGCUGACCGAUCAGCGAACAGUCGUCAUAUGUGUGAUGGAUUCCUCAGCUGGGAUGGAUCCGUCGGACCCAAAGCAAAGCCUCCGUUCGGAACCGAAACUCGUUUUGAUUUUCAGCGGCAAGCGGAAAUCGGGAAAAGAUUACGUAACGGAUAUCGUCCUCGAUCGGUUAGGAGAAGACGUCUGCGCCGUCGUUCGUCUUUCGGCGCCCCUCAAACAAGCUUACGCUCAGGAACAUUGUCUGGAUCUGGAGCAGCUCUUGGGUUGCGGCGUUUACAAGGAGGUCUACCGGGCCGACAUGAUCCGCUGGGGCGAAGCUCGAAGACGCCAAGAUCCGGGAUUCUUCUGCCGCCUGGCGACCAGAGGAGCGCGCCGACCCAUUUGGGUGGUGAGCGACGCGCGGCGGAUGUCAGACCUUCAGUGGUUUUGGGCCAAGUUUCCUCGACAGACCCGCUGCGUCCGCGUGGAAAGUAGAGAAGAAACCCGCAGGCGGAGGGGGUGGAGCUUCACUGCGGGUACGACCGGCCGGCCGGACGCCCGUUCGCGCCCGCUGACCUCUGUUCUCCGUUUUUUUGUGGGUCAGGCGUGGAUGACGCCGAGUCUGAGUGCGGGCUGGACAGCGGGGUCGACUUCCAUUGGACAAUCACUAACGAGGCUGACGCCCCCUCGUUAGAGGACCAGUUGCGGCCAAUUAUAGCGCUCGCGGCGGAAGCUGCCAGUCACUGAUCAAUGGAUGCCAGCAAAGCCACAAAAGAGAAAGCCUGGACAGUGACUUGCGGGCGCCAUAUUGUCACGCAGGUUAACGCUACGAUGCGACGACCAUUUCCAAAAUGGCCAUCUGUAGGGUUAUUUUCCACAGAACCCGAACAAUAUAUUUUAAUCUGAUAUUCUCAUCAUGGCCAGUUAGUGAGCAAUGAGUAGUAGUCUAGGAUUACCAAGGCAUGGUACAUGGCAUAAGGAUUAUUUUUUUUUAAAUCCUAAAAGAUUUCUCAUGUUACAGAUUUAACCGUUUUGGUCAUAUUGUGUGCGUGGUGUGGUCCGGUCCAACGAUCUCGACCGAGAACACCACACAAGGAUUCAGUGAAGUCGUUUAUUUGUGUAGUCCUUCAUCACGGGUGUCUCGAAGGGCUUCAUAAAAAGACUUGUCGCCGUCUGGGGAAUCCACUGACCGACAAGUUGCUUCUUGAUUGGCUACAUUCCGUUGCACGUCCCAAUUCACAGUCGCGACUCGGGAAGUGGUCGGCUUUCCUGACACGUGUAAAGAUUUAUAGGAGUAAAUAUUGAACGUUUAAUAUUUAGGAUUGUUGGCCUCAGCCUGAUUAUUGGGAGAAAUUCCCACUUAACACACCUCAGACCUCAUAAUUAUCUUCUACAUAAGGCAUCCGUCAUCCUUGGCCGGGCGGGGAAGGGGCAAAAUCAGCCUGAUUGUUUUGAUGUGUACCAGGCAUGCAAUAUUAUUUUGGCCAAGGCUGUCAGAAUGGGGCCCUAUUCUAAAAAAAUAUCAUUUUGGAAAUAAAGGGGUUAUUAUGAAUCCG